UAGAAGUUCGGGUGUAGGCUCUAAAAGACUAAGUUUUUUUUUCAAAAAUCCUGUCAAGUGUUUAUUACUGCUGUAUCUGUAUCGAUUGCCUUCCACAAGCACAGAAAUUUCGAAGAUACGCACUACACAGGCGGACUGCUCAAUACAGCGAAGGGCGACGAGUGGCGCGCACGCCUUUUGUGAGUGAACUACUCAUUUCUGUUAGCAUCUGUUACUUCUUCGAGGACAUUCGUAAAACACUAGACUCUAAAAUGGGAGAGCGAUUGUUAAACAUUGCACACCCGGACUCAGCAAAUCUGACAUCGAGUGGGGUGUCUACCGCAAAGAAGGAUGCUAUCAUUGCCAUUUGUUUUGUUACGCUGCUUUGUAGGACUGGAGCAGAUGUCCUGUGCAAGCCAGAUCAGAUACUGUUGACUUAUACCGGAAAGGUGGGAUAUCAAUGUUUAGACUGUCCCACAUGUCCCCCCGGAUCGCAGCCUUCUGUUCCAUGUGGAUCCACUAUCGAAAACUGGACAGCCAUUCACUGCGUUACAUGCCCACUUGGAAAAGCAUUUUCUGACAAUUAUGAUAAAGCUCAGUGUGCAGCUUGUUCCGUAUGCUCGACAGGGAAGGCAGUACUGAAGAACUGCACUCGUAUCUCAAACAGUAAGUGCAGUAAAUGCAGAAAAGGAUAUUACUAUGAGUCUUUUUCAUUUGCCUGCAAGCCUUGUGCGGAAUGUUGCGGCGAUGGAAAUGAUGAAUUCGUCAAAGAAUGCGAACGCUACGAUCACAAAUGCCAACUUAGGCUCACGCCAUGCAGCCACACUCAGACAACUCCUUUGGGAACAACAACGCCUACUGGAAUUGUGCCAACAACUCAGGAGACACAUCUAACUGUCAUGUACAACAAAAAAACGACAGGACACAGAAAAGAGAAAGACUUACCUUUUAAUGAGUUAAAAUCGUCAUUGAAACCAACUCAGGUUGAUUAUAAGGCCCCAGACAAAGCAGGAGAGUUUGAGAAUGCUGUUGGAACUGAGAUUUCGUCCGUAAUAAUAUUGUUUGCGGUAGUUGCUGUACUUUGCAUAGUAGUUCUUGUCUUGAUCAUCCUUAGGAAAUUAAUUAGACUACGACUUUCACUGAGGCAUCCAAGAGAGGUGGAUUCGAGUGAUGUUGACAAUUAUUCUUCUCACGGAAGAACACGGUCUGUGUCUAAUCAGUCCCAGUCCAGUGAUUUUGCAUCUCCUCUUCUCCAUCCGGCAGCACUCUCUAAUCAUAAUUCGUCUACACCACAUCAACAAAAUGGAUUAGCACCAAAUGCGCUAAUGGAGUCUGGAAUAUCUCUGUCACGUGAACCAGCAUUACCAUUCCAAGUUGAGUCUGAAUCCUCCCUUCCAAACCAUCCGGAGCCCCAUCGUCCUUUUAAGUCUGAGCUAUCUCAGUCUGAAGCAACUGGAUCUACGUCACCUCUUCACAUCUUGACUGAUUCAUCUGAGAAAACUGGGUUAUCACCUCUAGUAGGUCUGUCGAAAGAGGCACCGACUCCAAACCUUUCCAAUUCAUCUGAACCCAACCAAGGUGCCUCUUCUUUCACCAGUGCCUGUCGAUCAACUCAUUUUAGAGAGCCUGAAUCAUCUCUUUCAGGUCACUGUGAUUCGCCCCAAGCCGAUCUUCACUCUGUUUCGUCCUAUCCUACACGAUCACCAUCUCAGGGUAGUAGAAGUGCGUCUUCACAGCCCUCUGAUUCCUGCUCACCUAUACAAGCUGAAUACAAAUGUACAUCAACGACUGGUGGUAUGACUCUUGAAAAGCUGGAUGAAAAUCAUGCAGAAAUGUUUGAUUGGAUGUGCAUGAAACUCGAUCAAAAAAGAUCAGGUACGCGUUAUGACUUUGAAAGGUUGGCUAAAUGCUACAAACUUUCGCCCACAGUACGAGGCUCUUUGAAACAAGAGUACCACCACGGAGGCAGUCCUUCUAGGGCUUUGAUGGAUCACAUUAAGGCCAAACACCCAAAUCUGCCCAUUCAUCAACUUAUUGAAGACCUGGAAAAAAUCGGAAGGAAAGAUAUAGCGGAGGGAUUAAAGGCACAAGUGUUUCGAAAAGAUGACAGUUCACCAACACUAGACCGUUCACCUCGUGUCAAUUGCUAGAGUAAGAAUAACUUACUAAUAACGCGUCGAUCAACUGGAAGCUUCAACAUUCCCCCCAGGCAACCCUCAAGACAUUUGAACUUUUGAAAAUUGGCAAGAUCAAAUCCUCCACUGGACCAAAAUGCGUUCAAAUGCCCAAUCCAAUAAUGAACGAUUCUUCGCGUGAUCACCGAAUGUUGUAGAAUCUAACGAAGUAGGGUUUGGUGUUGCUAUUGAAUGUUUCGCUUGUAAGCAUCAAUCUAUGAUGUAAAAAUUAUCUUUCUGGGCCAUUUGCUUGCGAAAGCGGACUCUUUACCUUUACCCUCCUAAAACAGAUGUAUAACACCGGAAAGACUUGACAUUUCCGGUUCAAACGCCUAAUUCCACUCCACCCCACCCAGGUAAGGUUCGAAUUUCCCACCCACCGGUACAGACAGCAGUGAAAUGCUUGUUGGUUGCCCGGGGAAUUUUUUUACCGUAACUAACCUAAUAAGCGUGAGGUAUGUGUAACUUUAUGGGCUCACAGAUAAACUUUCUGAGGCCAAAAUGCUGAUCAAAUUUUUUUCCGCUUUAUUACCCAAAUUGAUGCACACAUUGCUGCAUUUGCUUGGUUAAGGGUUUACGUUACUGAAUAUGGGAGCUAAGACAGGCUUUCUAUAUAAAUUUUUUAUAGCAACACUAUCUGACCUGCCUUCCCAACAACAUUUUUUUACUGGGAAGGAGGAGAGUGGGGGAAGAAGGGAUUGAUAGAGAAGAAGGUAGCUUGUUGUAAACUUGACGGUUAAGAUGGUGGCUCAUUAUAGCAUUAACGGCAAUUGUCUCGUAACAGAGAUAACUUCCUCUGAAAGCUAGAGAAAAUACACUUUUACUGCAAUUAAGC